UUCGUAGUUUGUGGUAAAACCCUGUUUUCAAGAAUAAAGAUUUGAUUUACCAUAGUGAAAUCUUUGAAAUUACGAACUCAACGAGAACAAGCAACUAGUUUUCCUACAAGUCACACAAUACUCAAAUAAAACUAUGUUGGAGAAAUUCCGUGUUGAAAAUUGCCCAGACCAUGUCUACUACAUCCAGAAUUUUCUUACAGCAGAAGAAGAAAAUUUGCUUUUAAAGAGUGUGUACAAUGUUCCUCAAACCAAAUGGACACAGUUGUCAAGAAGACGUUCUGCCUUAUUAUUCAUUUAGGCUACAGAAUUGGGGAGGAGUACCUCAUCAUAAUGGCAUGAUCCCAGAGGCUAUUCCACAGUGGUUGCAGAUAUGGAUUGAAAAAGUUUCAGGAUUUCAAGCUUUCUCCAAUUUUCCAAACCAUGUCUUAAUUAAUGAAUAUAAGCCAAACGAAGGAAUAAUGCCUCACUUAGAUGGACCAUUAUACUCAUCCACAAUAGCCACUAUUAAUCUUGGUUCCCACACAGUCCUUAACUUCUACAAAUCUGAAGAAAGAGAAAAGAUUGCAUUCUCUUUGUUCCUUGAGCCACGUAGCCUACUAAUUCAACAAGGAGACAUAUAUGAGAACUAUUUACAUGGAAUUGAUGAAAAGGAUGAAGAUUUUAUAGACAAUUCCAUGCUCAACACGCAGAAUAAUGAUUUCAUUAACCAAUCUUUGAAAAGGGAUACUCGUGUGUCACUCACAAUAAGGCAUGUACAGAAAAUAUCAAAAAUUACAAUAAAGCUGGGUAGAUAGCUUGUGCUGGAAGUCAGAACUAAGCUGUUUCAUGGAUCUGUAAGUACAGUAUCACAUUACAUGAAUACAUAAUAACAUAAUUCAAAGAUAAUUAUAAAUUAUUUUGUAAGUGAAUUAUUUACCAUUUUUGAUAAUAGCAGCCAAUCCACAGACUGGUGAAUUGAAUCAUUUUUGUUUGGAAAGCAAUCCCAGUUCCAAUAGGUUAUUUCGCAGAAAGUCUUUUUGAUAUUGAGAUUUCUUGGUUCCAUGUCAGUUAAAGGCUUCUUCAUUUCAUUAACAACAAUUCCCUUAAAACUGUUAGGUAUUUUGAUUUUCUUGCCUUGCAAAGGAUAUCCACGGAAUGAAGCUUCUAAGACUGAAAACAAGGAUAAAAUUACUAAACAAGAAUAGUUACUACCAAAUACCUGUAUCAGCUUUGUCAAUAAAAUCUGUGUCCUUGUUUUCAACGUACGGGGAAAAAAAUCCUGUAAUGUUUGCUUCCCCGUCGUGAUGUAUCUUACAGGGCAUAGAGUGUAUUACAGAAUUUGCAUUACAGCUUUGAUCAGGAA